AUGGCGACGUUCGUGGAGAUUCGCGACGGCGUACGCCUGGAGACGCGUCGCUACGGCGACCCAACCAGCUCUCGCGCGCUCGUCGUGUGGGGCCACGGCCUUUGCAACUCCAUGGCUGGCGAGGAUGAGGACAUGCUGUGGAACUUUUGGCAUGACGACGACGGGGCGGUCGCGAUGGACGCGCACGUCGUUCGAUACUCGGCGCGCGGGCACGGCGAAUCUUCUCCGUCCACCGCGCCCGAGGACUGCGCGUGGGACACCCUGGGCGGAGACAUGCUCUCGCUGGCGAGGGCGUGCAGACGCGACGCGUCGCAGAGGCUCGUGCUGGGCGGGGCCUCGAUGGGGGCCGCGUCGGCGAUUCACGCGGCGGUUCGCGUCGCGCGGGAGCGCGAACGCGACGGUUCGAACCCCGAGACGAUCGCCGGGCUCGUGCUGGUCAUCGUCCCGACGUUCCACGAGACGCGGCGGCGGCGACGGUCGCAGAUCCUCGCCGCGGCGGAGCGCGGGUUCGGCGCCUUUCUCAAAUCCAAAAAGCCCAGGCCCAUCUUCGUGGGCACCGAUCGCGAGGACGAACCGCCGAGGCUCGUCGGCGUCAGGGAGGACUCGUUCGGGGACGUGAUGGCGGCGAGCGCGGACUCGGACCUGCCGCCGCCGGACGUCAUCGCGAACGCGCUGAGAGACGUACCGAUCCUCGCGCUGUGUUGGGAUUGCGGCGACAAGACGCAUCCGCUGUCGAGCGCCAUCGCCAUCGAGACGCAGCUGGCGCCCCACGCCGACGUCCGCGUCGCCAAGACGCUUGAGGAGACCGGGGGUUGGAGCGAGGCGGUGCGCGCGUUCGUGUGUGGGCUCGGCGCGGGUGAGUGA